CUCAAGCUUGGAAUGUUUUUGAUCACUGUUUUUCUACGGAUUUUAAGGAUUUGAUAACAAAUAAAGGAGUUUUAACUUGGAACUUUGACUAACGUUUUAAACAGCGGGUGCGUCAACAUUAUUCCCCUAUUCAGCUGCUCGGCGACUCAAAGGCUUGAAAGUCGCCAACACAGUACUUCCCUCACUGUGUGAUAUCAACUUUAAAUUAUGUCCUCAAGUUAAACUUUGUCGAUAUCUCUUAUGUUCGAUAAGAUAACGUUCGCUUCAGCUAUUAUUUUGAUGCAAAAUGUGAUUGUCAACACUGUAACUAAAGCCUGCUAUUGAGACAGAGUCAGUCUAAUAUCAGUCUGACUGCAGACAAAUGAGCUCAAGUUGCCAACUUCAACUUCACUUCAACAAUCUGUUUCUGAUAACAUAGCAAUGACCUGUGCUAAAUGCAAAUGUAACCACUACAUUUGCCCUCAGCAUCCUUCUCAUUCUAUAGGAAUAUAACCAGAAUACAACCAGCUUGCUGCCAAUUGAGUCCAGUCCCCUUGAAUUGUGCUCAUUGACAAAGACUCGUUCAGACUGAUGGCAACAUGCUGGCAAUCUGUCUGAAUUGAUAAAUUAGACAUCAGUUAUUUGCAAACCUUUAAUCUCUCUGAGAUCGAUUGCUCUCAGUCCAGACUGUGACUGUUUGCCAGAAAGUUUGCCUCCUAUCAGGUAAACUGUGCAAUCUAACAUGAUGGUGAGUGUGAAACACUCUGGGCAACCAUUUAGUUACCACAAGUUAUAUUCAGUUACAUAAGGUUAAAAGUCAACAGUAUCUAUUUUUUAGUGUGUGUGUGUGUGUGUGUGUGUGUGUGUGUGUGUGUGUGUGUGUGUGUGUGUGUGUGUGUAUGUUAUCAUAGGAGUUUGGGAUAGUAUACAUAGAAUUUCCAGGACAAGUUGCUGCAUAGGUCAUAGUAAUCUUGGUUUGAAAGUGCUCUAUGCUAUCAAGCAUGUGUAACAAACCACAACUAUUAAUGCUACUGACAUGAUGGGGUUGGUACCUCUUUAUAAACAAAACAGAAUUGGGAUUAAGGCUAAGGACUGUUUACAGUACUGAGCCACAGCAAAGACAAAUGCCUCAAAAAGUUAAGCACACAAAUCAGAUGUAAUAAAAUUACAGCUUUUAACAACACUGCAGCCACAAGUGUUGUUUUUAUGCUCUUAUUUCAUUUUCUCUCAUGAUAUAAUUUAAUAUGAUGCACACAAAGCUAAACAUAAAUUUAUGUGAACACUUUUACUGUGAGUGUUUGUUUGAUUACACAAGUGCCCAGCUGGAUUGGAAAGUUCCCCUCUGUUUUGCUUUUCGCCCACUAAACUGCAUUCCGGUUUUCUUCAUCUACUUUCAGCUGACUGUCAACGUGUGGGUAGCAAAGGUGAUGUGUUUCUGAGACUUAUAAGGUUGGUUGUUAAAAAUGGGCUGUCCGAGAUCAAACAAUGAGGUUUACAUAGUCUACAAAUACAUGUAAGUCAGAGUAAUGACCGAUUUGGACUUCUGCAGCAAAUCAUUGUAGAGUCUACAACAUAAUCUACGCAAGUUGCCGUCACCAUUACCAGCAUUCAUACUUGUGUGAGGUGCAUUAUGUGUUAAUUACCUUGUGGUCCUGUCCUGAUGUUUUAUGUGCUGCCAGCCACAGCAGAAACAAAGUGCUGGGACUUUUUUCCUCCUGCGUUCCCACUCUUUGUUGUGGUCAAUUUUUCUUUUCUUUUGUUUGUUUUCAAGAAACAAACAUCUUCGUCCCUCAAGUUUUUCCAUUUCUUUGUACAAUCCAUUGUCUCCAUUCCAAUAGUUUUGGCAAUCUCCUUCCACAAAUGAGCUGACAUCUGUGAGUCCUUACAUUAUAAUGUUAUGAUCAUUCUCUCAUUGAUCCAAUCAAAAACUGGGGCCCCAAAAAAGAAAAUAUAGCUGGGAAUGCGUAGGAGGAAUCAACGGUACUGAACAGGCCACUCAAAAUAGUUUGGAGCUGUGUUGACUUGACGUAUGGUUGCAGAUCUACGAAGGCGCACGUCAUGUUGUGACGGAGAAUAGUUUCAGAGGGGUUCGUGGUUUGCUUACACACAACAUAGGUUUUAUACGUCUGUGUUAAAUCUAAAUCUCUGCAGCCAGAGAUUUUUGAGUAUUGCAUCACUUCAGUUUAUUGUUAACUACAUAAAUACAGGCCAAAGAAUAUAUUGGCCAGUGUAGCAUGAUGUCUUCACAAAACUAUCAGGAGGCGUGGCUGUUAAGAACUGACAAAAGUUUGUGUAGUAAACAAAUCCAAGCCAAGAAUUACUCAUAAGAAACUGCAAUAAAAAACACUUCUGUAGUAGUUUUAGGCUCACAAAUUACAGCAGUACAGGGAAAAGCGAAAUAAUACGGAGUCCAAACCAACGUUUAAAUGUUGUUUUGUUCCCUUUUGCAGCUGCAUAGUGUAGUUGUAGCUCCUGUGCAUGUAAACGGUUAACAUUAAGUGUCAGCUAAGAAGAUAUACUGCUUACUUAAUAAGAAAAAGGAGGAAACAAACAUCCUUUAUGCCUGGGUGUGGCAUGCGAUCAAUUUUGGACUGAUGGGCAUAGGCAGCUUUCAUAAACUGACAUUUGAUUAUAGUAUGGUACCUGGCACUUGCUCAUCUGUAGCCAUAUUUGCUCAAAAUAUCUUUAGGAAGAUUAUCAAAUCCUGAUAAUAAUCCAACUGUGUCAAGUCUGUCUUUGAGGAAAAGAGGGCUGGAAGAAACCAGCCAAUUAAUCAGCUUUAUUUGCUUAAAACUACUACUUUUGCUUAUCUCAGAUUCCUUUUAUUUCCACUAUGCAGAAAGUAUUUGGUGACAAAUGUACACUGAAGGAACAACUGAACUUAAGAGUUUAGACUCUUAAAGUAGAGGCUAAACCCACACUCCCUCGUUCUCAAGAAGCACUCUGUGAUGCAGUUAAUUGUAAGCGCUUGCUGCUGCUUGUUUAUCGUGUGAACCUUGAGGUUCACUUUCUCACAACACUGUGUGGUUGCGGGCUUUUAAUGAAGCACAGUGGGAUGUACUUGAAUGAUGCAUCUGAAAUGAACUAGGGUUUGUGUAGCCUCUGCCUUCCCUCUCUCCAAUAACCUUUGACCCGUUGCAGAUGUCCUCUAUUGUAUUAAAGCAUUUCUCCCCUCCUCCUGUUACAUCACUGCUGCUACCCCACAGGCAGCUGCUGUCCCCAUCCAUUUUUAACGCCCAUUACUUGGAAAUGAAUGGCCAUAUCUUCAGAUGCAAGAAAGGCUUUGCUGUUAUAUCAUAGCUGACGCGGGAGUGGAAGAGCAGCAUGAGUAAAUGGAUUUAUGUCAUAUGAGACGCAGCUGCUGGAAACUGAUGACACAGAGGAGCCAAAGGUUGAUAAAAAGCCUGUGGACUCCAAGAGAAGUGCAACUUCCAGCGUGUCUCUUUUUAAGGAGGUGGAGGGGAUGGAAGAUGGAAGCAGCGGCCGACAAGUUGAUGUUAAAGGAAAGCAUCAGGCAAUCGACAGUGAGGAAAAGGAAACCUCUACGAGGCUCCAUAAACCUGAUCCAGGCAAAGUCAUGGAAGAGAAGGAGUCCGCAGACGAACCUUCAUGGAAACAGCAACAUGAGGACACUGCCACUACAGAGGAAAAGUCUUCCAGUCUCCACUCUGACAGAGCUCUCCCACUCAGCAGAAACAGAGACGCCUCUCCCCCUCCCAGUCCUCCCUGCCAGUCUGCCGCUGUGCUGAAGCGCCAAGACUCGGGGCCUCAAGGCAUCAAGGGAAUCCUAAAGAAAAGCCGCUCUACUAGUGUGGAGUCAGACCACAGCGACGGCUCCAUGCCUGACCGUUUUCCUACACAACAAAGUAGUGUCACCCUAAGCCACCCUCAGAGUGAAGACAACGAGGAGGAGGUGGAGGUAGAAGAAGAAGAAGAGCGGGAAGAGGUGGAGCAGCAGGAGGAGGAGGAAGAAGAGAUGGAAGAAGAGGUUAAUGGGGAAAAUGGCAAAGAGGAUGAGUCAUUAACAGAUGAGAUCCCAGAUGGAGGGUGCAUCAGUAUCAACAGAUAUCAGAGGGGGAGCAGCAGCAGUAGCGGUGGAGGGAGCUAUGAGGAGAUGCGGAGUCCCUCCCCUGAUGAGAGCCUGGAGAAGUCCUCCACAAUGUCAGAAGAUGUCGAGGAGCUCGAGAGCAGUUUGGAUGGAAGUCAGAGCUCAUCAUUCAAACAGAGAUUGGCUGAGCUCGGUAGAGAAGGUGAGAAGGACACACCGAAGAAGGCGAGGCCAUCUCAGGUGCUCCAGACGUCACUGGCUGACCGCUUCAACCAGCUCCAAGAUGCUGAAGGUGCCUGGAAGAAAAAGAAAUCCAACGUAGAUGUGGAGCCCAAAAUGUCGCUGGCAGACAGGAUGAAAAUUCUCAAGGAGAAGGAGGAGCAGUGGAAAUGCAAAGGCAAAGGAGCGGCCAACGACUCAAACCAGUUCACUGUGGCUGGACGCAUGGCCAAGAAAGGUCUCGUGUCAGGAGUAGAAGAGUCACCCAUUCGAGCUCUGAAGAAGGCUAAUGCAACACCCGUCAAACCUCUUGAAGAAAUCUCCACUCGAUCUGAUGUCAAGGUGGAAGGAGAUAAACGGCUUGACAAGCUGGAGUCCUUCCUAGACAAGCUCCACAAUAAAGGCGUGAGCAAAAGCAAGACAUCCACCAUCGAGGUGACAGCAGAGAUGGAGAAAGAAGUGAUGAAGCUGGACGACGAAGAGACGUUCGGCAACUUCUACAGAUCCGUCUCGCCCUCAGCAAUCCAGGACGCCGGCAUGGUGGUGACUGAGGAAGACCUAAGCCAGAUCCCGACUGAGUCGCCAAAGCUCACUUCAGCAGUAGCAGAGCACAAGCGAGCCGUGCGACCAGCCAGAAGGAACCAAGGCUCCAGGAACCCUCUGCGAGCUUUAGCUGCCCGCAAUGACAUCAGGCAGGUCUACACCGAGCAGAGGCUUAACGUAGCCACCGUGGAGACCAAGAGGAUCCAAGUGGAGAGGAUGGCAAAACACUCGAACCUGGCUGACGUUGCCUUGGCCGGUCUGGCCAGCAAGGAAAACUUUCGCAAGGUCAACCUGCGAAGUGUGAAGUCCACUGAUGUUGUGACCAAUAACAGUGCAGUUCCUUUCAAUAAGCUCAUGCUUAUCCGCAUCAAAGGCCGGAGGCACGUCCAGGUUCGGUUGGUGGAGCCCACAGCUCAGUCUCUAAACAGUGGUGACUGCUUUCUUCUGAUAACACCAAAGCACUGCUACAUGUGGAGUGGAGAGUUCGCCAAUGUCAUUGAGAAAGCAAAGGCGUCGGAGAUGGCGGCGUUCGUUCAGGCUAAGAGGGACCUCGGCUGUAAGGCCCCUCAGGUGACGGUGCUGGAGGAGGGCAUCAACACUGAGAGCAGAUGGGCCAAAGAGUUCUGGACCCUGCUGGGUGGAAAGACCAAAUACAGAGGGGCGGGAGAGCCAGAGGAGGAUGAGCUGUACGAGAGUGGCGUGGUGGACUCUAAUGGCGUGUACAGACUCCAGGGAGACAAGCUGGUGCCUCACGAAGACGCCUGGGCCUCUAUCCCAAGUGUGUCCUUGCUCGACUCUAAAGAGGUGUUGGUGUUUGAUUUUGGCAGCGAAGUGUACGUGUGGCACGGGAAAGAUGUGCCCUUGAGCGACAGAAAAGUGGCCGUCAAACUAGGCAAACAGCUCUACAGCGGCAGCUACGAUUACAGCCACUGCAGAGUCAACCCGCUGGAUGCUUCCUGCACAGACCAGAACACGCCUCAGAAAGGGGAAGGUCGUCCGAGCUGGGCUCUGUUUGGUCGUUUGUCAGAGCACAAUGAGACGUCCCUGUUCAGAGAGAAGUUCCUGGACUGGGCUGAGAGGAAGAAAGAGGAAGCGGCUCAAGCUGAGGAAGUUAAGAGCCCGGUCCACUCCACUGUGCGCGCCCCACUUGACUUGGAGCUCCACCCAUGUGACGCUAAAGAUCUGCUGAACAAUGAGCCGGAGCCGGUGAAGACCAUUCUGGAGGGCAUCAAUGUCCAGCGGGGUCACGGCCUGGUGAGGACGGAGGAUGGGAGGCAGGCAGAGUUAGCAACCGUGGCCGUAGAGGCGUGGCACAUAAGAGAGCACGGAGAGGAGGAAGUGCCUGAGGAAAGCCUGGGCCAGCUGCACGAGGGCGACGCCUACAUCAUCCGCUGGAAGUACUCUGUCACCACGCUCGUGGGGAAGCGGCAGAAACCUGGGGAGCUGAGCGCUGGAGGUCCUGGGAGAGAGAGGGCUGCGUAUUUUUUCUGGCAGGGCCGCCACUCCAGCGCCAGUGAGAAAGGAACCUCCGCUCUCAUGACGGUGGAGCUCGGAAGCCACAGGGGGUCACAGGUGUUGGUGACUCAGGGAAAAGAACCUCCUUGCUUCCUGCAGCUCUUCCAGGGAGGUCUGAUCAUCCACAAGGGCAGCAGAGAGAACAACACCAACAACACAGAAGCCUGGAGGUUGUUUUGUGUCCGUGGUGAGGCAGAGUCAGAGGCCUUGCUGGUGGAGGUGGACUGCCAGCAUAGCAGUCUGCGCUCUCGUGGCAGCCUGGUGUUGCUUAAUGCUGAGAAAGGCCAGCUCUACUUGUGGCACGGCUGCAAAGCUCAUGCAAGCGCCAAGCAGGUGGCCAAAAGAGCAGUGGACAAACUAACCCAGAGGCAUCCGUCAGAGUUAGGCCUGAGCCUCAGCAGCAGCGUGAAAGUGGAGGAGGUGGAGGAAGGAUCUGAACCUGCGGAGUUUGUGAAGGCUCUGGGUCUGAAAGACAAGAAGGCCUACGACUGUAUGCUGGAUGAUCCAGGAAAGUACAACCACACACCGCGGCUCUUCAGCUUAAGUGCGAGCUCCGGGGUGUUUGAAGGGGAGGAGGUGCUGUAUCCCGCCAGGGUAGCAGAAGGAGUCAUGGCGAUGCCUUUCCUGCAGGAGAACCUCUACGCAGCACAACAACCAGCCUUGUUUCUGCUCGACAACCGUAUGGAGGUGUAUCUGUGGCAGGGCUGGCAGCCUGAAGACACACAGUGCACCGGAUCUGCGAAAAUGCGCUGGGACAGCGAGAGGAAGUGCGCCAUGGAAACUGUGCUGCAGUACUGCAAAGAGAAGAAUCCUCGGCGCCCCCCUCUGGCCUAUUUGAUCCUAGCAGGCUGUGAACCCCUGACCUUCACCAACAUCUUCCCAUACUGGGAGAAGGACCCCAAUAUCGCUUCAAAGGCUGGGCUCUCCAAAAAAGUGAUCUUGGUGAAAGAGGCCCUGUCCAAGCUCAGUAAGCAGCAGUACUCCAUCGAGGAGCUGACCAGGAAACCGCUGCCAGAGGGAGUGGACCCUCUGCGUCUGGAGGAUUACCUCUCAGACCAGGACUUCAAGAAACUUCUUGAGAUGAGUCGCGUUGAGUUCAACGCUCUGCCAAACUGGAAGCAAAAGAAUCUGAAGAAAAGCAAGGGUCUGUUUUAAAACCGCAUCGUUUUCUUCACGCAUCUGUUGGGUCUUUUUUAUUUUUAACGUGUUUUAUUAAAAACAAACAGGCCUCAUUUUGUAGAAAGACUUAGGAAAAGCAAAUGUACAAUUUUGUUCAAAUGUUGAUCUAUUUUUAAAAAACAGUGCCAUUUUCCCCCUUUAUCAGUGAAAUAUUCUAGCCUAUGUGCAAUUGCUAACCUUUUUUUUUUAAUAGAAAUGUUUUGUUUUACAUUUAUCCUCAUAUUAUAAAUAUGUAAUAUACCAUAAAUGUUUUUUAUCAGUUUUAUUUCUCAUUUAAAACUGUGUUUGUUUAUGAAAAAAUGCCUGUGGUCUUUAUACUUUGGGAAUUUUAUUUACUCCUUUUCUUUCUUUCUUUUUUUUUUUUUUUUUUUGAAAUGCGUCAUGGAAAAAGCCACCUCUGUGUUAAGAAAAACAAUUGCACAGCAGAAAUAUGAAAUAUCGACAUAUUUUGAGAACAGAGGAAGAAAAAUUGAAGGUCUGUGCACAAUUCCUGUAAUCUAUGAUUCUCUGAUGCUCUUUAACCAGAGUGUCGAUACAGACGUCUGAUUCACACACAGAAAAAUAUUCAGUUUUUAGCAUUUUUAAAUUUGUGCAGACGCAUGAGCAACAAAGCAAUCUGCAAAACUCUCCCCCCAAAAAUUCCCUCGUUGAUCAUUAAUAUCGAUUAGUUUGUUCUUAUAAUUAACUGCCCCUCUGGUUAUCUGGGACCAAAUCUAAGCUUUGUCUCAUUUAUGUUUUUCUGUGUAUGUGUGAUUUUUGUGAGCAAGGGUGCAACUUUUAAAAGUAUUAGGUGUGUGUUGUGAAGAGAGACUGAGAGAAACUGUGCUGCAUAACUGCCUUUAAUGCAAAUGUACUCCCUGUAAUGAUAUGAUGGUAUAUACAGCAUGCUGGCAGUAAAGCUGCCUGUCACGUCUGAACUAGAACACUCUCUGCAUGGUGUUCACAAUCAUGCAUUCAUUUUGUUGCAAUAUGCAUCUUUUUUGUGAUUAAAUAAGAUCUGUAUGAUUUGUUUGGGGCCAGCUUUUAUUUUUUUUAGCACAUAAAAUAAAAGGUUGGUGGUUUGGAAAUGAGAUGCUCAGUAUUCCCUUUUCAAAUAAAAUGUAUUAAAAAAAAUUAUGUAUUCUGAUGUAAUUAUUCAGAGAGUAUUGGGAAUAAUUUCAUCAUCACUCUCAUCGUUUGCCUCAUAAACAAAAGUAGAUAGAUAGAUAUAGAGGGGAAACUGCACAAUCCAGUGAUAAUACGAUGAGACGCUUCGAGCAGAGGCUCCAGCCGUCCAUUCCAACACAAACACAAAGUAUCACUCAUAAUUCAACAAUAAAAUAGCUUCAUCUUGUGGCCAUCACAUAGUGAUUCAGGAUCUGAAAGUGAACAGAUUUAACGUACAUCAUGCUUUGACAGGUUCAUCAUUUUCAUUUCACACGUAAAACAGAUUCAUUCCAACCAGCUCUCAUUCCCAAUGUGUAAAAUAUCGACUCGUCACAAUCGUCUGUAUUUUACGCGUCAGGAUGAGAACGUGUUGUAGGUAAACCUAUUCAUCUGCUAGUCAGGAAAUCACAUGGCAGCUACUCAGUGCUUCUAGGUAUGUAGAUGUGAUGUGGUCAGGAUGAUCUGUUGACUUUAAAAUGUUUGAAGCCAGAGGGGCUCCUCUGAGUAUUUCAGAAACUGCUGAUCUACUGAUCACAUAAUCUCUGUAGUUUACAGAGAAUGGUCCGAGAAAGAGAAAAUAUCCAGUGAGUGGCAGUUCUCUGGGCCAAAAUGGGUUCCAAUGAGGGCAACAGUAACUAACCAGUUGUUACAACCAAGGGGUGCAGAAGAGCAUCUCUGAAGCCUUAACGUGUCAAACCAUGAAGCAGAUGAGCUGCAGCAGCAGAAGACCAGACUGUCAGCUAAGAACAGGAAAGUAAGACUAAACA